UAUCAACGUGUACUCCAGGUUUGGACGAAUGGAGUGUCGGUGCGCGAGGGGCAAUGGAGUCCAAACUUGCCGAAUACCGAGCAAGGAAAGCAAAGGAAACUGCCAGACAUGACGGCAGUCAAUCUGGCCUCAUCUCUAACUUAUUACGGAGAAAUAAGACUGCUGGGAAUGUCAGUUCUCAGUCGAAGUCAGAAUCUAACAAUGAUAACACCACUACAGCUAUGUCUAGUGAUGACAGUCAACAGCAGGAAACCCCUGAAGAGGAAGUUCUGGAGCCAAAAGUGUGGAAUAAAAUAGCAGUACUGGAGCUUUGUCUAAAGUGUCUCUUAUGGUUGGCACUGUGGGGACUAUUUAUAGAACUACAGUUCGGUGCUGUUUUCAUUUUGUUGUCGGCCUUGUUUUUCCUUUACAAAAGCUUAAGUGAUAGGAAACGGAAGAAAAAUAAACUAAGUGCCUAUUCUGUGUUCAACCCAAACUUUGAAAGGCUUGACGGGACUUUUACUGCUGAACAGUUUGAGCAGGAGCUUCGAUAUGGACCUAGUGCUGUCAAGUGAUAUUACACAGCUACAGUACUGACCAGAUCUGAAUUUUAUUUCAUAAUCUAGAAAAUUAAUUUGAUAUGAUAUACUAAAACCUGCUUAUAAAAUGUGAUAUUAUGAGGAGUUCCAUGUUAUAUCACAUUAUAUAAACCAAACUGAAUUAAGAAUAUUCUAUGAUGAGAAACUUGAUAUUAAUAGAAAUGUGAUAUAAGGCAGUAUGAUGUCUAAUUAAGAACUUGAAAUACUAGAAAGAAAAGCCAAUGGUCAAGCCAAGGUAUUUUAGCUGAAUAUAAAGAAUUUAAAAUGUAGAGGAAUGACAUCAAAUUUGAAUUAUAGGAGAUAAAUAUAGACAUCUAUACAUUUGAAUCUUUAUAUCAGCGCAAAACUUUAUACUCGUAUUUUAAUUUCUCAAAUAUGUGGUAUUAUGAGAAUUUGUCAAAAUAAUGAUCUGAUAUUUACAUUUUAGGUUAUUUAGAUGUAUAACAUAGUUUUCCUAACAAGUAGUUUUUGUUUUAGACAAUGUGUAUAUCUUUAAGUUUAAUCUUGAAGGUGUUCGAAAGAUGAAGAGGUCUGACGUUUUGCUUUUAUAAAAAAUUUGACACAUAUGGAAUCUUUCAAUGUUUUUGUCCGCUAUCAUUGUACAUGCAUGUUAUGAAAAGCACAUUCCUUAUAAUGUAAAUUUUGAAAUUUUCAUUUAUCAACACCUAGUUCUGAUUUCCUUAUUUUGGAUCUGGGGUCAGCAAUACAAGGCACCUUGAUAGUAUUACAUUUCUUUACUGAUAAUCUUGUAUUGAUUUCUUUUUUUUGUCUUCAGUUUUGAUCUGAGAAAGUCUGAGGCAGAUGAAUCUGUACAAAUGUUGUUGUCAGUCAUGUAUCUUGUUAUUUUAUUUACAAAGGUGAUUAUAAAACUUCUA